CUCCCCUCCCCAAGGGAGGGGUACAUUACGGAGGAACUUCACUAUCUUCACUAUUUCUGUUUAAUCUUUGUUUUUGUUCGAAACGGUGAUGAGGAGGUAGAAGGAUGUUCCCCCUCCCGGCUUCCAAUCUUCCUUGGUCCAGGGACACAGAUUCUUUUUCUUUUCCUUUUACCUCUCUCCCUUUCCCCCUCUUCCUCCUUCUGUUCCUUCUAUUCUCCUUUCCCCUCCUCCUUCUCCUUGUUCUUCUAUUCUGAAGACUAACUCCAAAAGCUGAGGAGUAAGGACAGGUGAAUCCAGUUUGUUUCUGCUGGUGUCCUCCCCCAACAACAUUCAGGAAAUUACUUCUGCUACGGUCUGAACAUUUGUGUUCCUCCCAAAUUUGCAUGUUGAAGUCAUAACCUCUUAGGAGGUAAAGCCUUGAGGGGUGAUUAGAUCAUUGGCAUGGAGCCCUCAGGAAUGGGAUUAGUGCUGUUAUAAAUGUGGCCCACAGGAGCUAGCUUGUCCCUUCUACCAUCUGAGGACACAGGAAGAAGGCUGUUGUCUAGGAACCAGAAAAUGGGCCCUCACCACACACCAAAUCGUGGGUGCCGUGAUCUUCAGCUUCCCAGCCUCUAGAACUGUGAAAAAUAAAUUUCUAUUGUUUAUAAGCACUCAGUUUAUGGCAUUUUGGUAUAGCAGCCCUAGUAGACUAAGACCAAUACUUUGCUCAAGAACUUUCAAUAACUCCCUAUUGUUUACAGUUCCAACACUAAAGCCCCCCUCCAACAGAGCUAUCGUGAUCUUAAUUUUUGUGAUUUCUGCACAUGAUCCUUCCCCACGCCAUCAACUGGCCUUCUUGAUGUGUUCACAGAGACAGCAGUGGGUGGGGAAGCAUUUCCAGCCAACACUAACAGCUUCUGCGAAACCAAUCAGAGGACGGGAGAGCUGGGACACGUGGCUGAAGAGGUGUCCUACAUAGGCCAGGACUGCAGAGAAAUUCCAGAGCACCUUGGCAGGGACUGUGGACAUUUUGCAAAGAGGCUUGAUCUGAGCUUUAACCUUCUGAGGGGAAUGCUUGUGUAUGCUUACACUGGUCCAAACACAGGAAGACUUGCAGAUCUGCAGAACACCUCGUGGGGAGGGGAAAGCUGUUUUUCAUUCAAGGUUGGCUCACUUCUGAGGCCGCUGCUGGGACAGGGAACUCCUAAGGCUCACUUUGGGUCACUGGAAGGACUGAGCGCAUUCAGGAGCCUGGAGGAACUCAUCUUGGACAACAAUCAGCUGGGGGACGACCUCGUGUUGCCAGGGUUACCCAGACUGCAUACCUUAACCCUCAACAAGAACCGAAUCACUGAUUUGGAGUACCUGCUGGAUCACUUGGCAGAAGUGACACCAGCUCUGGAGUACCUCAGUCUGCUGGGCAACGUGGCCUGUCCCAACGAACUGGUCAGCUUGGAAAAGGAUGAGGAAGACUACAAGAGAUACAGAUGCUUUGUUCUGUACAAGCUGCCCAACCUGAAAUUUCUGGAUGCCCAGAAAGUAACCAGACAAGAACGAGAGGAGGCGUUGGUCAGAGGAGCCUUUAUGAAGGUGGUGAAGCCCAAGGCUUCCAGUGAGGAUGUUGCCGGCUCCCCGGAGCUCCACUACACGCCCUUGCCUUCUGCUUCCAGGGAACUCACCAGUCACCAAGGUGUCCUGGGGAAGUGUCGCUACAUUUACUACGGAAAAAACUCGGAGGGCAACAGGUUUAUCCGAGAUGACCAGCUCUGAAACCAAGUUCUGUAUACCUUCACCCAUUUCAUGAAAAUAAAAUCAAAAGGGAAAUCAAAAAUAAAGACAACGCUAAAGAAAAAACAAUAGCCCACGUCGCCUCUCUUUGAGAAAAGCUAUGACUUCAGCUUUUGGAACCUUCUGCUGACUUUGCCAGGCCUGUCAAGAUGAUCCUUCUGCCUUAGACUGAGUGGUCACAUAGAGAUUGACAUGAUUGCCCUUAAGCAGGUCUCAUCCACCAGGGUGACAGACAGCGGUGGCGAAGCAACGGGGCUGACAGCAUGAGCACCAUGAUAGAUUGCCUGGUCCUGCCACUGCUCACAGGGGAGCAGAGGUCACACCUGGGGCCUCCCUGGGCAUGCUCAGUGGCUGCAGUCAAGUGAGAAAGACUGUCUUCAGCUCACCUAUUGAGUUGAAAUCCCUCUGAUAUCAUCGUGCUGCGGGCUUAUUUUCAGUGAAAAAGUCACAGUUUAGGGGAAGGCCACUCUCCCUCACUCCCUUUAAAUCUUCACCUCCUGUAUUCUGCAUAUACAUAGCUCCCGUCUCUUCCCCUCCACAUUCCUUUAGCAUCAUUUUUAUGACAGAUGAUGCAUUUCAGUUUGCAGUUUUUCAGAGAAGAAGGUAUAACUUCCCAGCCAGGUCAUACAUUUAUGGCUGGCUUCAUGUUGCUACAAUCCCUUUAUUGGAGUAAAUAGCUUUCCCUAAAUCCCUGACUACAAAAGCAUGGACUUUUAUCUUGUUUCAUUCAACUCUAAAUCCACUUCUUGCCCUGAAUAUGAUGCAGUGUAAGGCAGCAAGACAUCUUUCUCAGCACGAGGGUUUGGUUGCACCAGGGACUCUUAUUCAUUAAUUUAUUUUUAACCGUACACACUUCCAGUGAUGCCUGGGGCCAUACUUGUGCGUGGGGCUGGCUUGCUCCUUUGGGUGCUAUUUAAAGGUAGUGAGGUGAUGAAAGAUAGAGUGAUGGGUCAGGAGGUUAAAAAACAAAAUUAAGACUGUCAAAAACACCCACCAGACCAAAGAGUUUUUAUAGAAGGCACAAACCUUUUGGAUUUCACAUUUGUCACAACUUCUCAGAAAUCAAAUCCAUAGGUUGUGAGACGGUGCUUCCUGUAUGCUUGGCUGUGCCCUAGCACUAAUGUCACAAGGAACAUAAGUGUGAUCAUUGCUAGUUGGGUGACUCUAAGUUUAUCUAACUUGCUGGUGCACCAGUCAGAUCACUCUAGAAGAUACUCAAAAGGCUGAUUGUUCUUGACACAAUAGUGUUUAUUUUUCUGCUUCUUCUUUUUAGACCAAGUGUUCAUUGUCCUCCCAGUAUUAGGUCAGUUGGAUGACAGCAAAACCUGAAAGAGAAUCCCUCCAAGUUAUAGAUACUGGGGACUAGGAGCUGCUAUUGGAAAACUAUGGGGACUCAGAAUCCCUAAGCUGCCCAAGGAGAACCUACUUUCUCAGCUCUAGCCCGUUUACAUAGCCUCUGGCCCACUGAGUCAACACAGGCCUUGAAUGAUAUGUAUUGAGGCUGGCAGGAGUCCCUGUUAGAGAUUAUGCAACCCUUGUUAAUCAGUUCUUUAGACAAGUUAACAUAAAAAUCCUCAAAACCAUGAAUAAUUGGAGAAUGUUGAAUGUUUGCCUUUAUCUCUCAAAUCCAUUAGUAACUGGAGUUGAGUACCUUUUCUCUGUUUGAUCUACAAAACAGCACUGGAAAAAUGCUUUUACAUUAUCAGUAUUUGGUCCCACCCUGGGUCGUUGUUUAGAAGCAUCAACACAUGCUUUCUCCCUGGCAUAAUAUGGGCAGCCAGAGUUCUGUGCAAGGGCAGCUAGACGAGUCCGAUGUCAUAUCCAAUCUAGCCGCACAUAUAUCCUUGUCUUUAUAAAAGGCUUUAACCCUGCCUCAAACAAUAAAAAAGCACUUGUGAACUGACCACAGAAUUUUUCCAUCUUUAUUUUUCUUACUUGUUUACUUUUUUUAAUGUCAGAACCAUUUGUAUCAUGCGCAGGAAUGUCUCCCUCAAUGUGAGCUUUGGAGGCAAAACAUAUUUUUGGAGUGAGUUAUUGGCCACAUUGUUUCCUUCUCUUUGGGUUGUUUAUUUUCUUCCAGAACGGUGUAAUAACUUUAAUUAAGAUUAGCUUUAAUUAUAAAUUACCUAAAGGCCAUCACUAAGGUAUAUUCAUCUUAUUGAUAGAAUUGUAGUGAGCUUUGUUUCUCUUAGGGAGGGAUAAUGAUAAUGAAGUGCUGGGUUGCUCACAGUUCCACUGUGUGUUAACCAGAUUUCGCUGUGCUAGAGCUAGAUUUUGGUCUGAAUUGGCAGAGGUAGAAGCCAUGCUGCAUGUUUAUCUUAAAUCUGUAGGAAUUUCCCAAGCCUUGUUUUUCAAAGUCGAGAAGUAGAAAGUAAUAAAUUCAAUCAGGGCCCAGACAUGUUUUGUACCUCCUUUACCCUUUGGUCUUUCUCCCUUUUAUCCUAUUCCACUGAGCUUGUUCUUUGGGGAUUGUGGUGCCUGACAUCCCUGUCUUCCCUCCCCUAGGACGCUGACCUGAGUGGAGAGACCUCGGCAAUACAAGGCUGUCCUGCAACUCUCUGUUGCCUCAGCAAUGUCAGGACGACUGUCUCUUUCCUAAGUAACAUAAUUUUAAAGAACAAUUUGUUCCUUAGGGAAUAAUGUCUUGGAUUGUGAGGAAUCCUAUUAAAAGUACAACUAUUGCGAUCAUUUGCUUUUACUUUUACCAGCCUCGCUCAUAAACCCUCCAUCUGUUUGUUGCUUUAAAUAGAAGCACAUUAUAAGAGAUUAUCACUUGAUCAGGCUGCAUGUCUGAGUGUUGUGUGUUUUCACAUACUCAUGUAUACUAAGGAAUAAAAGAAAGCAAACCACA